AUGUUGGUGAAUUCACUGCUUCUGGACAUCUUUGGAAAUAUUGAAGUGGAACAUCUUGCAAGAACUGGAUCAGAUCAUGCUCCACUUAUGUGUACCUAUGGGGAUAAGCAUCAGAAUCUAGUCAGACCUUUUAAAUUUCUAUUAUUCGGGAUAGAACAUGCAUCUUUCAUGGAUACAGUCAGGCUGAAUUGGUCCACUUGGGAGCAUGAUGAUCCUUUCAUAAACUUCAAAAGCAAGAUGAAAAAGCUGAAAGGAGUGUUAUCUAAAUGGAGCAAGGAAGUGUUUGCUGAUAUAUUCAAGCAGCUGAUCAUAAGGGAGGAAAUAGUAAGAUUAAAGGAACAAUUGUUUGAACAAAAUCCAAGCCAAGUAAAUAGAGUGGUUUUGCAGAAAGCUCAAGCUGAGACUAAGAGAUAUUUGCAUUAUGAAGAAGAGUACUGGAGACAAAAAGCAGGCCUGGAUUGGUUUGUAGAUGGAGACAAAAAUACUAGAUUUUUCCAUAAUCUAGUAAAGGGAAGAAGGAAGAAAUUGCAGAUCAAAAGAAUUCAAAACUCAGAUGGUUCAUGGAUUGAGGAUGAAGAUCAAAUGGCAGAUGAGGCUGUGCACUUUUAUUCUCAACAAUUUUCACAGGAAGAGUUAAUUAGAGAUGAAAAUUUGUUGUCACUCAUUCCUGUUUUGAUUGACCAAAACAGAAAUGAUUUUCUUUGUCAAAUGCCUAGUGUUGAUGAAGUCAAAAAAGUUGUUUUCAACCUUAGUGGAUCAAGUGCUAGUGGACCUGAUGGUUUUCCUGGAGUUUUCUACCAGACAUGUUGGGACAUUAUUAGCUUGGAUGUAUACAAGAUGGUGGUGGCUUUCUUCCAGGGUCAUACUCUUCCAAAGUCAGUCACUCAUACAAAUCUUGUUUUACUACCAAAGAAGGAGUUGGUUCAAAGUUACUUUAUCAACAAAGUGAUGUCAAGAGUGGUUCAUGAUAGAUUGGAGACUGUGGUACCUCAGUUGAUUUCUAUUAAUCAAGCAGGUUUUGUUCAAGGGAGGAGCAUUAUUGAGAAUGUGCUAUUGGCAUAA